CAAAGACGACCUUCAAAUCUCCUUGCUUCUGUCAUAUUUCGAGGACACCCUGUGGAUGAGUGGAGGGGUUCAGAUUUCAAUCCUUAUACUCAUGGUUCAAUACCAUCAUGUACAUACAGCUACUACUACACAGGCACAUCCAGGCCUUAGUGAAGAUGACUUUGGACAUAUCAUAAGUGGCCUGAGGGAAAUGGCAAUGAUAGAGGGCAGUGGUGAUGACGGAGGGACGGAUAUAAUAAAUAUUGCCGGAAAUAAAAUGAUCGUCAAGGUGAUUAAAGGAUAUAGGAUAAAUGGAGACAGAUCUGCCUGGGACUCCCACUCCUGGGAGUCUAAGUCCGGAUCCUGGGAGCAUGCAAGCUGGGACUCCAAAAGACCUCAUAGUUGGGAGCAAUCAAGACCAAGUUGGGAAUCGAAAAGGUCUCAUAUCAAGGGGCACGGAAGAGCAGGAUAUUGGGAGCAAAAACACCAUGAUAAACAUUCGUCUUGGGAGCAGAAUGCUGGAUCAUCUUCUUGGGAGCAUGAUAUUGGUGGAGCUUCUUGGGAGCAUUCGGCUGGAUCCCCUUCUUGGGAGCAGAGUGGAGGGUCAGCAUCUUUGGAGCUAAAUGAGGAGAAAGAGGAGGGAAGUGAAGAAAUCCUCAGUUCGGAGCUAGUUGAUCAACUUAAACUUGAAGAGAAAACAGAUUCAGGAUCUUUUGAGGAAACUGGCGUAGUUGAGGCAUCAAGUUCGAACUGGGAACCAACAACUUCCAACGAUGUUCAACGGGAUGAAUCGGCAGAGUGGGAUUCAUGUUGUGUUCAAUGCCCCGGAAAAGUCCAAAACAUUCAGAAGUUUGAGGAGCGUCUGUAUCCUGAGAUGCUGAUGGUUUGCACCAAGUUUAAUGGAAAUAUUCAAGAUAAAAAGGAUAAUAAUGAGCACGAGAAUUCUUGGAAGAAAAUCAGUGCAUAUUUAAAUGGAGAAAAUACUGAACAAAGACAGCUAUCCCAGAAUAUGCCAAUUGUGUACACAAUGACCCUAAAUAAUCUGCCAGAUUUCAAAUUCACAACCUGCAAUUUCCUCACACAAAAGAAUGAAGAGGGAUAUUUCUCGAGUUAUCCAGCCCCUACAGAUCCUGAAGUUUUCUUGGAGGAAGUAAGCAAAGCAGUUUUCUACGUCAGAACCUUUUCUGGUCCUGGAGGUAGUACUCAGGAUAAGGUCUGGGAGGAGGAGAGUAGAAUUCUCGCUAAACAGCUGAUUGACGCCGGACUUAAAUUCGACGUAACAGAAUCCUUUGGAGCUACUUACAGUCAGAGGGAGAAAACUUCAAACAGACGGGAUGAAGUUAUGUUCAGAAAAGAAUAAAGAUUCUUUAUUGUCAAGUGUUUUGAUUUAAAAAAAUUUAAAGUUAAAAGUAUUAAACAUAUUGGGUUACCUAAUAAGGAUAAGACAAUAAAGACGACCUGAAACUCUUAAAAUAUGAGGAUUUUAAGGUUAAAUUAAAUUUCCUUUCUUGAAUAAAGUCUAUUAAUGGGGUAUUCAAGGAUUUGGCUAAAGAAACAAACAAGUUUGAAAUUUUAGGGAAUCAUAAACGUAAAGAGACAGCUAGCAUAAAUGCCGAAGAGUCGUCUCUAGCGUCUCAUUCUUUGUGUGUAACCCUGUAGUUCCCAGAAAUUCAUUUGAUAAGCUUUUUCGUCUUAAGACAUUCAAAAUAUAGAUUUUAUUUUC